AUGGUAAACAAGUGUAGUGUAGUUGGAUGCAAAAGCCUAUACGUGAAAAAAUAUGCCAAACUGCAUAGAUUUCCACUUACAAACACAAACAUUUUGCCUUUAUGGAUAGCUAUUACGGGAAAGGAAUCAGACUGGAAGCCUAACAAAAGCAGCAGAUUAUGUUGCAAUCAUUUUAUUGCAUCUGAUUACAUCUCCGAACAUAAAAAAGGUGUUUUAAAACCAACAGCGAUCCCAUCCAUUGAAUAUCGAGUUAAUGUUCCGGUAAAACUGUUGAAAUAUUAUUUCUAUGAAUGGUACUCGUUGGAAUAUGAUACAGCGGAAAAAAUAGAAGAACCAAAACGUCCAAAACCAUCUACUUCUAAAAAUAUAAAUUAA